UCGGCGCGGCGCGAGAGCCAGAAGGCGGACGCCGCGCUCCGCGCCGAGAUCGACACCCUCCGGCGCGCGUCUGACCGCCAGGCGGCGGGCGAGGGCCGCGCGCGCAAGAAGGUGCUCGCGCUGCAGGAGGCGGUCAAGCAGACGUUGGCCGCUGCGCAGGACAUCGAGGCACUCGUGAGCGAGAUCGAGGGCGCGCUGCCGGGGCUGGAGGAGCGCAAGAGGGAGGUGGAAAGAGAGUGGGAACAGGUGAGCGGCGAGGCGGACAGG